GUCUGAGAAAGUAUUAGCAAAGAAUUUAAUAAAUUAGCUCUAAGUUAUGGACAGGAGUUCGACAACUGCUAAUUUAUCUUCAUCAGUAAUUGCAUAUCACACCUUGCAUUUGUGACAACAUUGCUGCUAGUAAACAUGAAGUUUCAAGAGCAUUUAUCGUCGCAUUUAACACCAGAAUGGCGCGGUCAGUACAUACAAUACGAGAAAAUGAAAGAGAUGUUGUACAAAGCUCUGGAACGCAUGCCAAAAGAUGAUGAUCCUAAAAGGGAGGAUCAUUUUGCUCAGUUUGAAGAAGAAUUUUUUAUUUUUUGUGAAAAAGAAUUGGAGAAAGUGAACACAUUUUUUGCGGAGAAAAUAGCAGAGGCUCAAAGGAAGUUCACAACUUUAAAGAAUGAGGCUGAAGGUAGUGCCUACGUCACCGCAAAAUCGAGCUUGAAUCAGAUUCGACGUGGCACGGUUACCAGUCAGUUUUUUAAUCCACAUAUGAAGAAACUUCUUGCUAAAACGCAUCGCAAAGAAAAGAAUUUGAAGUUGGCUUUUAGUGAAUUCUAUCUCAGUUUGGUUAUUUUGCAAAACUUUCAGCAAUUGAACUUCACUGGUUUUAGGAAGAUUUUGAAGAAACAUGAUAAGCUUUUCGAAACAGAAAAUGGUCUCAACUUCAAAAAGAAGGUGCAAAAAGCUCCUUUUUUCCUAAACAAAGGUGUCGAUACUCUCAUCAGCGAAACAGAGAACAUCUUCACGAACGAACUUGAACACGGUGACAGGUCAAAAGCAAUGAACAGACUUCGCGUUCCACCUUUGACUGAAAGAGAGAAACGAAGCUGGGUCAUUUUUCGAUGCGGUUUUUUCUUCGGAAUGUUCUUCGUGCUGGCAGUUUCCGCCAUUCUCGGUUUUCAAGUAAAAGGUUACGGUGACAAAUGGUUGCCAAUACUGCGCAUGUACCGUGGAGUGUUUCUAUUGGUAGUAAUGGUGUUCCUCGUGGCCAUCAAUACUUAUGGUUGGAGGGCAGCUGGUGUCAAUCACGUUCUUAUAUUUGAGCUCGAUCCUCGAACACAUCUGACUUAUCAACAACUCUUGGAGGCAUCGGCAAUGCUGGCUGUCAUUUGGUGUCUCAGUCUAAUGGCGUACAUUUACCAUGGAAACAUCGGCAUUUACUCAUUAACCCCUCCAUCGGUUAUGGCUGUUUUGUUCAUCGUAUUUACUUUAAAUCCCUUUAAAGUUGGUUUCCACGGUGCGCGAUGGUGGCUAUUGAAGAUAAUUUAUCGCGUCGUCACGGCUCCGUUUCAUUCCGUUGGCUUCGCGGAUUUUUGGCUCGCGGAUCAAAUGAACAGUUUAUGUCGAAUGUUUCUCGACUUCGAGUUCAGCAUUUGUUUUCUUUUUUAUGGUCAAAAAAUUGACGAAGAUGUCUGCGUUAAAAAUACCUACGGUAUUCGACCCAUAGUUCUAUGUUUACCAGCGUGGUUUCGCUUUGCUCAGUGCCUCAGACGUUACCACGAUACAAAAAAUGUCUUUCCUCACCUCGUCAACGCCGGAAAAUAUUCCACGACUUUCUUCAUUGUAAUAUUUUCUACUUUGACCAAAUCAAAGACUGAUCACGACGACUCAUAUCAAGGAACGUACUUCAUUUUAUGGGUGAUAAGUAUUUUAAUCGGCUCUUGUUAUACGUUGACGUGGGAUCUCAAAAUGGAUUGGGGCCUCUUGAAGUUAAAUAUGAAAGAAAAUACAUUUUUACGUGAGGAAGUUGUCUACCCGAAUAAGUUUGUAUAUUACCUUGCAAUCGUCGAGGACUUUGUAUUUCGUUUUAUUUGGUCACUGUCUAUAUCAAUUGGUUAUUCAACCAAUCUUCACGAUGAAGUCAUGAUCACCGUGUUAGCUGUAUGUGAAAUAUUUAGGCGUUUUGUAUGGAAUUUCUUUAGAUUAGAAAAUGAACAUUUGAACAAUUGCGGUGAAUUCCGUGCAGUUAGGGAUAUUUCGGUGAUGCCUAUGGAUCCUAACGAUCAUAUCCUUCUCGAGACUCUAAUGGAUGACGAGACGGGGCCGCCUCGUUUAGCUCUGUUCUAAUCAAUGGUAAAUUAACGCAUAAACGACGAUCAACAAUCAUUAGUAACAGUACUCUCGCUAACCAUACUUCAGUAUAGCAAUGAUGUAUUUGUAUGGAUAUAUGGGCACAGCAAGUUUAUAACCCUUAUGGUAUAGAGGGAUUAUGUAUUGAAUACUGCGAUGUACCAACAUCGUGGAAAAGUUAUUUAAGCUCAUGGGAUGUAAUGAUGGAGGUGGUGGGUAUCAUGACGUAUAUUUAUGGUUAUCGAGUUACGGUGAUGGAUAAUGAUGGAUAGCAACGAGUAUCAUAAUGCAUUAUGUUUAUUUGUGAUAUUUGAGUUGAGCUACUUGUGCUAAUUCGAUGCGGACAUGGAUAAUCUCGGAGAGACAAACAGAAGUCAAUGAACUGCUGUCCAACACAUUUGACUUGUGAAUGGUAAAGGUACGUUUCCAUGACGAUGAGGUAUGUGGACAAGUAGAACUUCGUGUAAGUUAAGCGACGUGAGUAGCAUUUUGGUUCAGACAGCAAUAAACACGUUGUACUCGGAGAGGUUGCCAGCCAGUUUCUUGAACCAUGCUUUGCAAUUUUCCCGUGUUUUCUAACUUUAAGUCAAUGUGUUUCUAAUAAAUGGAUUGUCUAAAGUUUACCGAAGGCUGGCCGGAAAACCCGAGUGCAAUGUUUGUAUGAAAAAAACCUCGCACUCGAUGAUGAAUCAUGAGAGAGACUGUUUAAGCUUUUGCUCGCUCUGCUUUCGUUAAAUUCCAGACGUCCGGUUACUUGUGAUUGUAUGUGAAACAAGCUACGCUCGUAACACAAAAACGUUUCUGGCAAUUACGGGUCGGCUUUGUGUACAUCGAAUAACAUGGCAUAUACCUUGAAUGCUAAUGCAAUAAGGAUUUCUGUGUACAAGCACGGAUCUCGGUCGGGUUGUGGCUGCACACGAGUCUCGUUCACGGCAUCAUGAUCGAACUUUGCUACUGACAAACGAGAUGAAGUCGGAAAGUUUUAUUUAUCCCGAUGACGUUAUUUCAGUGAUUUCAAUUACGUUUUUCGAUUUCUAUGUGUCAUAUGAUCCUGACUUCAAAAUUCCCAACCCACCCAUGCUCGCAAGUGUGUUGCUCACCAAGGCCUAGACUUUCCGAAAAGUACGAUAUUUAUGAUACAGUAAAUAAAAACAACCUCACGCUAUUACUAUUUAUUGUCAAACAUAACUAGAAAAUUAUCUUGUCUGCAUGUGAAGCCCACAAAUUCCGCUCACGUUCAAAACAUGAGUAUUUAAUGUGAACUUAUUGAUAUUGGGGGGUAUUGUUGGAACUAUAGCAUGUAGUGCGAAUCACGUGAAAUAGUGUACUAUGUACGAAAUUGUUAAUAUAUUUGGAAAGGUAAAUUUAUAGAUAAAUUAUCAUUA